AUGUUUGGUCGCCGCCCUCUGAAGAUCUCGGUAACGGCUUCCAAGAAGUCCAUGAGCAACACAGCCACCUCUACACCUGAGCAAGGGCCGUCUACGUCCAAUGUAGUGCCUCUCUCGACUGACUACCUCCCUGAAGCAUAUAUUACAGGGACGAAGAUAUUAGAUCGAGACGAUGUUGACAAUGAGGAGGAUGCUGGGGGGAUCGUGUCCCAUCUGAAGCCUAUACUCAGAAGCAGCUCAAGUCCACAACUCUCCCCGAGGAUAUCAGCAGGCGACGUUGGUGCGGGUCGCGGUCGUCAACUGCUCUUCUUCAUCGACUGGGACGACACUAUUCUACCCACGACUUGGCUUCGUGGAUGUAAGUACUUAACCAACUCCAUCGCCCAGAUGGAGCAAAUUGUCGCCAGGCAAGGAGGAAGUGUAAAAUUACCGAGUUCAGUCCGCCGAGACCUCUCUAUGAUCGAAGAUUACGCGCUUGAUUUGCUCCUGAAGUGCUGUGAUUUGGGUUCCACAGCGAUCGUUACUAACUCAUCAGUGAAUUGGAUCCCGUUCACUGCCAGGCACUAUCUACCCCGUCUCAUACCUGUUUUGGAGACGAUACCCUGUGUAUCAGCAAGACCACAACUGCCCGAUAACCUAUCUGCCCAGGCUGCUACUUGUAUGGCCAGCUCGUGGAAGACGUUCAAGUUUCAAGAAAUGGCAUGUGCUUAUAAAAUGGACUUUGACUGUAUUGUAUCGAUAGGUGACGGAUUUGCUGAGAGAACUGCCGUAAUGGAGCUUCGCGAUAUCUUCCCAAUGUGUACAUGCAAGGCUGUGCGGUUUAUGACCCAGCCGAAUAUUUAUAUGUUGAGGGACGAGAUCCGUCAAACUCUUGCUAAUCUUGAGGAGAUAGCUGAUGCGGAACCAUUCGCUUCCGACUUAGCCAGUGGCACUAAGCCGCCUCGACGCUUCGAUGUACACCUCCUACACGAUGGCAGGUUGAGGCAUCAGAUGGUUCCGUUGCACCAUGUUGUGGAGUGCACUGGAGCUUCUGUCUAUCCAUUCCCGAGUGUCUAG